UGUCUGACCCAUAGACUGUCCUACCCAUAGACUGUCUGACCAUAGACUGUAAGGUCUUACCCAUAGACUGUACGGUCUGAUCCAUAAACUAUCUGACCAUAGACUGUCUGACUAUAGACUGUCUGACCAUAGACUGUCUGACCAUAGACUGUCUGACCCAUAGACUGUCUGAACAUAGACUGUAAGGUAUGUCCUCUGUUGGAGAGCUCGCUGCUGCUCACGUGCUCGGUCAACACGGUUCCGUAGCUCUGCAGCUCUUCGACCAUCCUCCGAUACAAGUGAACGUCAUCUCUGUGAAGUCAAAGGCAGCUGUACCCACUGCAACAGUGUUUCCACUGUUUAAGGCUCUGUCUAAGCUGUGGUCGGGACUCCAGGACGAGGCCGAGCUGCUGAACAUCCUCAAUAACAUCAGCAUCAACCUGCAGCCCUUCAUCGCCUCGCAGGCCAAGAUCUUCUCUGAAGCUCAUUUAGACGGCCUGUUGGAGUCCUCAGAGGUGAAGGCAGAUGAGCAGAGGGUAACGACUUCUCGAAAUCAAAUACAGAGUAAAGUCCAUAUUCCACAAGACUUCAAGAACUGAACUAUAUCUGAACCCAACAGACUCUUAAUGCUGCUGUUUCUCUAAUGCUGUGUAGGUGAGCGAAUCGAUCCAGGUGAGAUGAAGUCACAUGAUUGGCUCCUCCCUGAAACUACAGCCAGCUUUAAUGAGCUGCCACUGCAGUAUAACGGAGUCUGUGGAUACACUGUGGUGACCAGAGACGGACUCCUAUUACCA